CUCUGGUGCCGCGGGGCUGGGAAGACCUGUGUCGGGAGCCGGCGCUGGCUGUUCAAGCGGGAUCCGCCGGGGGCAGCAGAGAGCCGGCAGCAGUGACAGGAAACUCCGCGGCUGCUCUUGGCUUCCUGUUUACGCGGGCCAAGCCGAGGCGGACCAGACCGGAGCGAGCCAGAGCCCAGCAACCGACAGGCGGCGGCGGUGGGGAGGGGGAGGGAAAACAGGAGUCAACGGGGGGGUUAUUCAGAGCGGCUCGACCGACACCUUGAAACGGCUUCCCCCGUCCCCAAGUCGAGGACGAGAGAGAGAGAGUCAAGAGACGGGAAAGGCCGAGGCUCGGUGGGGGCGAAGGGCCUGGGCCUGGGCCUGGGCGGCGCUCGGAGCCCGAUCUUGCCCCCUCGCAUCCACAAAAGCUUUUCACUGAGCCUCGGUCCACGUGACAGUUCAGUCCAGUCCAGAUAAGAUCGACCAGUGCUCUUUGCUCUGUGUGGGAUCAGCGAGAGGCCUUCAUUGUUUCACCCAUUUCAUCUUGGGAAGUAAUUGUUUUCCAAUGUGAGUCCAUUCAACAUGACAGAGUGUUGGGAGGAACACCCAGCCGCCGCACCUUUGGUGGAGAACUGCAUUCCCCAGACCACUGAGCGUGCCCUUGAGUUUGCAAUUGUGUUCCCUACUGAUGGAGCCCUUCAACAGCACCAGCCUGUAUCGGCCGAGAGCUCCCAAAAAUGCAACAUGUGUGGCCAGACAAUCACACAGCUGUCAGAACUCCAACAGCAUCCGUGUUUUGUUAACAUGAACCGCUUCUACCAGUGCGCCCAGUGUCAGAAGACUUUCAGCCACUCUAAUGACCUGCUGCAGCACCAGUGUGGCCAAGUGGAGGAGAAGCCCUUUAUCUGCCAUGUCUGCAAGAUGGGUUUUUCCCAGUUGCUGGGACUGGUCCAGCACCAGAAUGUCCACAAUGAGAACAACCCCUUCAAGUGUACUAUCUGUGGUGAGAACUUCCAGCAGUCAUCAGAACUUAUCCUGCACCAGCGGGUUCACAUCGAGGAUCAGCCCUUUGAGUGCACUGUCUGCAAGAAGAGGUUCAAGGACUCGUCAGAGCUGGUGGCACACCAGCAGUUCCAUGCACCCGAGAAACCCUUCAAAUGUAGUGUGUGCCAGAAAGGCUUUAAGAAGUCAUCGCAGCUAGUCCGACACCAGUACAUCCAUGGUGAGAAGCCCUUCAAAUGCUCAGCCUGUGAGAAGUCUUUCCGCCACGCCUCUGAGCUGCAGCGACACCAGAGGGUGCACACCGGAGAGCGGCCCUUCAAAUGCAACCAAUGCGACAAGACUUUCAGCCAGUCCUCUCACCUGGCACACCACCAGCGUAUCCAUUCGGGCGAACGGCCCUACGACUGUGGUGUCUGCCACAAGAGCUUCAAGCACCGCUCGCACCUGGUGCGCCACAUGUGUGUCCAUGCUGGCGAGGACAUGUUCAAGUGCGUUAUCUGUCAUGUUGGCUUCAAGCAGCCUGGAGAACUGUUGCAGCACCAGUGCACAACAGAGCCUGAGCGACCCUACAAGUGCGGCCAGUGCAACAAGAGCUUCAAGCGCUCCUCCUACCUUCAGCACCACCAACGUGUGCACUCAGGGGAGAGACCCUUCAAGUGUACUACCUGUCAGAUGAGCUUCAAGCAGCUUUAUGCACUGGUGCGACAUCAGCGCACCCACACUGGCGACAAGCCCUACAAAUGCACUGUCUGUGACAAAGGCUUCAGUGAAUCCUCACACCUCCUGUACCACCAGCACAUUCAUACUGGAGAGAGUGUUUUCCAAUGCACAGGGUGCCAGAAGGGUUUCAAAGACUCAUCAGAACUCUUACGUCACCGCUGCGCCAGGGUGGAGGGAAAACCCUUCAAGUGCACUGUUUGCCAGAAAGCUUACAAGCGGGUUUCAGCCCUGCAACUCCAUGAAUCGACCCAUGUGGAGGAGAGGCCGUUCAAGUGCAAUGCCUGCGAGCGACGCUUUGCAUGUUCCUCUGAGUUGGUGGAUCACCAGUGCCGGCCUGCCAAGGAGAAGCCGCUGAAGUGUAGCGACUGUGAAAAGAGAUUCAAAUAUUCCUCAGACCUGGAGCGUCAUCGGCGCGUUCACACAGGGGACAAACCUUUUAAAUGCAUCACUUGUGACAAGGGCUUUAAGCAGAAGGAACACCUGAUAAAGCACCAGAAUGUCCACGCCAGAGAGAGUCAGUUCUUGAUAUAGAACAGGAUGAACUGAAGAUGCGGACACAGCAAAGCUCGCCUGGCAAGCCUCCUUUGAAAAUGAACCUGCACCAUGGAAGUUUGGGCAAGAAGUCAGCCAAAUCACAUCCAGUCUAAACCUUAAAUACUGCGGUCUUUAAAAAGGUGGACUUUUGAUGAGAAAAGUGGUAUGUUGUUGCCAGUUGAACCAAGGGUGGUGUUGUUUUGUGUCAUCUCCAUUUUGUAAGCACUAACAGUUUGCUAAUGCAGAUGCUAAAAAUGAAAUGCAGAUUAAUUUUAAAAAAUGUAGGAUUAAUACUGUCAUAUCGAAAUAGUCCUCAAGCUGCCUAUAGGAUAUCUCCAAGGUUACCAGUGUUUUUUUUAGGAAUGUAAAAGAGCUGUCUUUCUGCUGCUGUGCAUGGCUAAUUGCAAAAGAAAGGAUUGUGGUUAAUCUACAUCCUUGCUGAGUGUAAGUAGAGUGUCUAAUUGUAAGCCAUUGAAUGGGGAACUGAUUGCUCUCAUCAGUGGGACCUACAUAAUUCUUAGCAUGUUAAUUCUCCAUUCAGUUGGCUUACCAUUGAAUAUUCUCAAACCACGUGUGUGAUGUGUUUUUUUAAAAAAAAGUGUCACAGAAGAAAUUUUUAUUUUAUUACAAAUCAAUUUUAUUUUGUUUGGGCUACCGUAAACACCGGUACAGUAAGAUGGUGAGCAAUUUACUUUCAGGGUUCAGAUGGCUGUACCGUAAACCCCACGAGCAAUUUAUUGAUGUAAUCAGUACCCAGAAAAUGAAUUGCAACCUUCAUACUUUUGCCACCUGUAAUUUUUUUUAAUAUACAUAGUCUUAAUAAAGUUAAAUCAAUGCUAAUGAAAGUUAACUUGUCCUGACUGUUGUGAUAGCUGCAGAAUGGCAUCUGCUUUAUCGAAGAACAUAAUCCAGUUCUCAAUUAGAAUUAUAAGGAAGUUAAAAGCAAUUGUGUUGUUGGUAUUUGCCACAGCUGUGGAAAUAAUUUCUUUUAAAUGGACAGUGUCAGAUUUGAACCAUCUUAUGCUUUUUAAUAAAAUCUCUGCCAGAACUAUCAUUAGCAUCAGCUUUGUAUAUUCCUAAUUUAAUACAAAUGUUCUAGAGACAUAGUUUUCAUCUGUAGCCUCUCACUGUGUUGAUCUUUGAUGGUUGCUUAUUGAUGUCAGUAUCACCUUGAUUCCUUUCUUUCUAUUCCUACUUGAAGAUGUUAUUUCAGCUGGCUUUUCUUUAUAUGUAAUCUAUUAUUCAGUCCUGAUAUUAGUAGGUUUUCCUGCGUUGCUGUAUCUAUG